GUCGGGGCGAGCGCAGGACGGCGCCACGCUCUGGCCACGCUGGAGGCGGCGGCACGACGCGUGACGUCGGUGCCUUGGGGCGGGCUUCCCGAUAAGGGAGUGGGAGUUUUGACUGGCAGGCGAGGGCGAGUGGCUGGCCUGGUCUUCAUCCGCCAGCCGUCUCCUGUCCUUUCCCGCCCGCAUCCGUUCCUUACCAGCCAUCAUAGUGGAAAUCGCCCGGUGAUCUGUUCACGACCUUCACGACCCCGCCCACCAGACGACUGGCCAUCAUGUCGUCCGGCAUCUCCGGUGCCUCCACCUACUCAACCUCUACAUUCUCUACCGCCCUUGUCUUCAACGCCGCCGUGUUUGGCGGCGAACUGCUCGCAUUCACUCUCCUACGCCCUUACUUCCCUGCCAUCUACCAGCCGCUCACAUACAUCCCUCCCGAAGACAAACGCUCUCCUGAGCUCUCCCGCAACAUCUUCCUAUGGCCGUGGGCCGUGUAUCGUGCCAAUUAUGCAGACAUCAAGGCUGUCAAUGGCCUCGACGCGUACUUCUUCGUCCGCUUCCUCCGCAUGAUGGUCCGCGUUAUGGUCCCCAUCUGGCUCAUCUCAUGGGUCGUCCUCCUCCCCGUCUUCUCCGUUGGCACUUCUAGCCCCACGAGCGACAGCCUCACCCAGUUCCAGUUCGGAAAUGUAGGCAGUGGUGAUCAGCCACGUCUUUGGGCGCCAUUGGUCCUCGCAUGGGUGUUCACAAUCUGGAUCCUCUGGAAUGUCCGCUUUGAGAUGGGACACUUUGUGACUACCCGCCAGCGGUGGCUCAUCGAUCCUAACAACUCGUCGACGGCGCAGGCAAAUACCAUACUCGUCACUGGUGUGCCGCAACGGUACUUGACGGAGGCGGCACUGAAGGAACUGUUUACCUACUUGCCUGGCGGCGUCGCGAAAGUCUGGCUAAACAGAGACCUGAAGGAAAUGCCGGACUUGUACGAGCGCCAGGUGAAGGCGUGCAAGGUACUCGAAUCUGCGGAGACGAGCCUCAUGAAUACCGCCGUUACGCGGCACAACAAACAGAACAAGAAGCAGGCGAAGGCGGCAAAGAAGGCGGCAAAGAAAGGAAACCCGCCGCCGUCGACCGCAGACCCGUCUUCUGACGACCGCCGUCUGACCGACCCCAGCAUUGCAGACACAGAGCGCGGCGACGGCUUCGCGGACAAGCUCGUCCCGCGCAAGAAGCGUCCCACGCACCGUCUCCCUCUUCUCUCCUUCCUCCCGUCCCUGCCCCUCGUCGGCAAGCAGGUCGACUCGAUUGAGUGGGCGCGCGAGGAGAUCGCAGUUACUACCGAGGAGCUCCGCAAAAAGCGGCGUGAGCUCGCGCGCGAGGUCUCGAAGGGCCACAGCGUGCCGCCGGCCGUCGACGAGAGCAAGCCGGACGCACUCAAGCCUGACGCGCACAGCGAGCAGGUCUACCCGCCGCUCAACUCUGCCUUCGUGCUCUUCAACCAGCAGAUCGCCGCGCACCUCGCCGCGCAGAGCCUGACGCACCACGCGCCGUACCGCAUGGCGGAGAAGCAGGUCGGCGUCGUGCCGGACGACGUGAUUUGGGGCAACUUGAACUUGAACCCGUAUGAGGCGAAGGUGCGCACGGCGCUCAGCUGGGCGGCGACGCUCGGGCUGAUCAUCCUUUGGUCGUUCCCUGUCGCCUUCGUCGGUGCGGUGUCGAACGUCGCGUCGCUGUGCACAACGUACACCUGGCUCGCGUGGCUCUGCAAGCUGCCGUCGCCCAUCAUCGGCAUCAUCUCCGGUAUUCUGUCGCCCGUGCUGCUCGCGGUGCUCAUGAUGCUCCUCCCGAUCAUCCUGCGCAUCUUCGCGAGGCUGGAGGGCAUGACGACGCGCACGGCGAUCGAGCUCAGUCUCAUGAACCGCUUCUUCAUCUUCCAGAUCAUUCACUCGUUCUUGAUCGUCACGCUGGCGUCGGGUAUCAUCGCUGCCUUGCCCCAGUUGGUCGAGAACACGAGCUCGAUCCCGACCAUCCUUGCACAGAAUCUGCCCAAGGCAUCUGUGUUCUUCCUCUCGUUUAUCAUUCUGCAGGGUUUGUCCGGAACGGCGACGGGCUUCCUCGCAUACAUUCCUCUGGCGAUCUACUACGUGAAGCUGUACCUCACCGGGAGCACGCCGCGCUCGAUCUACAACAUCAAGUACAAGCUUCGGUCCGUCGAGUGGGGUACCACGUUCCCCACGGUCACCCUCCUCGUGUGCAUCACCAUAGCGUACUCGGUCAUCUCGCCGAUCAUCAACGGUCUUGCGGCGGCGACGUUCUUCCUGUACUACAUGCUCUGGAAGUACCGCUUCCUCUGGCAGCUCGGCCAGCCGCGCUCGACCGAGAGCGGCGGGCGGUUCUUCCCCAAGGCCAUGCAGCACAUCUUUGUCGGGCUGUACAUCGAGGAGAUCUGCCUCGCGGCGCUGUUCUUCCUCGCGCGCGACCAGGACGGGAAGGCGAGCGCGGUGCCGGAGGGCGCGUUGAUGAUCGUGUUGGUCGUGUUCACGGCGUUCUUCCACCUCAUCCUCGACAACUCGUAUGACCCGCUGAUACACGUGCUCCCGCUGACCCUCGCGGACCAGGACCAGGAGCUGCCGGACCCGAACCGCCAGGCGACGGAGCGCGCGCUGGGCGACAGCGCGUCGGUCACGAGCGUGGACGCGGCGCAGACGGAGAAGCGCCGCGGCCAGGAGGUGCGCGCGCGCCCGGGCUCGCAGGCGUCCGAGUCGGGCGACUCGGGGAAGGCGCGCGCGAAGACGAGCGAGCGCGGCGGGGCGGGCGCGGAGUCGCUCGCGCCGGGCGGCGACGGGGAGAGCCACCGGCUGAGCCAGUUCAGCGUGGCGGGGAUCGACGAGGAGGAGGGCCCGAAGGACUUUUACCACCCGGCGAGCGUGGAGCCGCAGCAGACGAUAUGGAUCCCGCGCGACCUGCUGGGGCUGGGCGAGGCGGAGGAGGCGGAGAUCCGCGAGCGGGGGAUACGCGUGUCGAGCAGGGAUGCGCGGAUGGACGAGAAGGGCCAUGUGGAUAUCUCGGGGGCGCCCCCGGAUUAUACGGAGGCGGUGCGGUGAGUUGCGCGUGCUGCCUGGAGGCGGGGCUGGAGGUGGAGGGUAGUUUUGUGGGAGGCUCUUGGUUUCGUUGUAUGAUUCCGUUGACUGCUCUGCUCUGCGCGGGCGUCGUGACUCGUGACUCAGAAGGACCC